UUCUUCUUCUCCUCCCCAGCCUUUCCUCAGCAUCCCCCUCUCAGAGAUGGCGUGUGUCGGUGCGGCUCGGCCGUCUGGGGCCUAGCGCUGCGCAGAGCGGACCCCCUCCUCCUCCUCCUCCUCCUCCUCCUGCCGGCUCUCCGUCGUGUUUUUCGGGCAUCUCUCCGGAGCUCGCCCCCUCCCACCCACCCACCCCUCCGGCCGCCCCGCUCCCUGUCUGGGAGUCGGGCCCUCGGGGGUGGAGGAGACCAGCAUCGCGCCUCGCCGCGGGAGCUGCUGCGGAUCUAGCCAUGCCCGGCCCCGGCCCCGGCGUCCUCUGAGCGGCCGCGGCGCUCCGUCUCCGCCCGCCCGCCGACCGGAGAGCGGCGGAGGAUGAGAAUCUGCAGCCAUGAUGCAAGGACUGAAAAACCGAACCAGGAAAGCCCUGGGCUUAAGAAGGAAAGACAGGGAUGCAGACACCACGAGCUCACCUGACACCGAGGGAGGUGGAAGUGGGAAGAAAGGAAGCAAAAAAGCCAACGGGGCUCCCAACGGCUUCUACGGGGAAAUCGACUGGGACAGAUAUGCUUCUCCUGACGUGGAUGACGAGGGCUUCAGCCUCCGGCCCGGUGACGAGGGCGAUGCAGCUUCCAAAGAAAAACACUUCUUCUCCUCCAGUGACUCGGAGGACGACGAGGACAGCAAGAAGAAGUUCAAAAUCAAGAUCAAGCCGCUGGUGUCGGACAGCGCCAGGUGUGCCCCACCGUCUAUGGACGAGCUGAAGGCCUCGGUGGGAGGCCUGGCGCUGUCUCCGUCUCUGAGGAGAAGUCCGAGACGCAGUCCGGGGCAGAUGAAGAGAAACCUGUCCUGUGAGGAGAUCGCCAGACCAAGACGCUCCACCCCAACUCCGAGUCCUGCUCCGGAGACGCAGAGCGACAAGCCAUCGCAGAACAUCCCGGCCUUCUUUGGGGUUCCGUGUGACGGCAGAUACUCGCGAUACGACGUGGUCCCGGCCGACGCGUGGGGCGAGUCCAGACCGCGGUCGGAGUCGCAGCUGAGCAGAAGCUUCCCGACCGGAGCUCCUCCUCCGCUUCCCCCCAAAAACAUUCCAUCCAGGCAUCACUACGGCCGCCCGUCAGACUUCACAGCUGAUCUGCCCAACGGCAGAGCGGCUCGCCGGUCGGCCCCCAUCUACCUGAACGUCCUGUCCCCCGCCUCCUACCGCGGCUCGCCGGCGCCGGACCUGGACGACGUGUUCGGCCCCGUGGACAGCCCCCGCCCCGGCGACGACGCCGCGUCCCCCAGAUGGGUCACCUUCACGGACGACAGGCCGCCGCCGCCCGACGAGCCCGCCCCCCCGCCGCCGCCGGACUCUCCCCCUCCGGACACGCCCUCCUCCACGCCCUCCACGCCCUGCGUCUCCCCCGGACCUCCUCCGAACGAACCCCCGCCUUCGCCCCCGCCGUUCUCCCCCGGCUCCCCUCCUCCCUUCUCGCCGCCGGACUCGCCCCCCUCCAUCGUGCUCGGCCCCCCUCCCCCCGACGAGCCGGCCCCUCCCCUGCCCCCCGACUUCUCCCCCUCCAUCUCGCCCCCGUUAUGCCUGGACGAGGAGGCGAUCGACGAGGAGGUGCUGCAGUUCGCGGAGUACUGCUCCUCCCCGGCUCCGGUCAGCCCCGUGCCUCCUCCUCUGCCGGCCGAGCGCCGCUCCCCCCGGACCGGGGUCACGUCCCCGCUCGUCCUGGGCGGCGCCGGCGGGAAGAGGACUCCGGAGGGCGGGUACGUGAGAGAAGACGUGCUGGACUUCGGGGGCUCCCCCAGAGAGCUGACCCCCGGCUUCAGAGGGACGCCGCCGCCUCUUCCUCCCACCACCUACCGCUCCAUCAUGUCUUCCCCCGGACCGCACGCCGCCAGCAGCCCCUCGUCUCCAGCUCGUCCCGCCACGCCUCAGUCUCGGAGCAGUCCCGUCCCGCCGCCGCCUCCUCCUCGCCCGUCCUCUCGACCAAAGCUGCCUCCGGGGAAGCCGAUCACAGACCUGACCCGCCCGUUCAGCCCGCCGGUCUCAGGAAGCCCCCCGCCGUUCGCCCCCCUGGCGCGGGCGGAGAGCUCCUCCUCCAUCUCCUCCAUCACCUCACAGAGCGCGGCGUCCACCCCGACCUUGGGAAGGGACCUCAACACGUCCACCACAGGAUGCUCCAGAGGGCCGAGUCCUCUGACCAUGGGACCGCAGGACACUCUGCCCGUGGCGGCUGCCUUCACUGAGACCAUCAAUGCCUACUUCAAAGGCGCCGAUCCCAGCAAAUGUGUGGUGAAGAUCACCGGGGAGAUGGUUCUGUCGUUCCCCGCCGGAAUAACCAGGCACUUUGCCAGCCAGCCGACUCAACCCAUCCUCACCUUCAGCAUCAGCAACUACAGCCGCCUGGAGCAGGUGCUGCCCAAUCCGCAGCUGCUGUGCUGCGAUUCUGCAACAGAGGGUCUAGACACCAAGGAAUUCUGGGUCAACAUGCCGAACUUGUUGAGCCAUCUGAAGAAAGUAGCCGAACAGAAGCCACAGGCGACGUACUACAACGUGGACAUGAUCAAAUAUCAGGUGUCGGCAGAGGGGAUCCAGUCCACGCCUCUGAACCUGGCAGUGAGCUGGCGGGGCGAUGCCUCCAACACCGACCUUAGAAUCGACUACAAAUACAACACGGAGGCCAUGGGCGCGCCGGUGCCGCUGCACAACAUCCACUUCCUGGUGCCUGUGGACGGAGGCAUCGCGAAAGUCCAGGCCAUGAUCCCCCCGGCCACCUGGAACCCGGAGCAGCAGACGGUUCUGUGGAAAAUCCCCAGCCUGUCUCACAGGUCUGAAAACGGAGGAGUAGGCGCUCUCCUGGGCCGGUUUCAGAUGGCGGAAGGAUCCUGUAAACCCUCUCAGCUGGCGGUCCAGUUCACCAGCGAGGGCAGCACCCUGUCGGGCUGCGACAUCCAGCUGGUCGGGACCGGAUACCGGCUCUCCUUAGUCAAGAAGAGAUUCGCUGCAGGGAAAUAUUUGGCAGAUAACUAGUGGACCUGGUUGUGAGCAGAGUCAGGGGAAUCAACGGCUUUCGACUGUGAAGACUUUCCGAUCCAUCCCACGUUCAGUGCUUCAGUGACCGUUUAGAUUCAUUAGAAUAACAGACGAUGAUUCGACUCCUUAAUUCCAUAUUCAGUUGACUGACCGCGGGUGAGUUUAUGCAAGUUAAUGCAAACCAUUAGUUUUGUGCACUUGGAACACUUACGAGCUUAUGUGGAGUUAAAAAAAGCGAGAAAAAAAAACAGGGAAAUCCUGACUCUUUGUUCUUGUUAACUUUAAAAGUAAUUCUGGAUUUCAUCCAAUUAUCCAGCCUUAUUUAGUGCAGUUUCAUUUGUCUGACUGGCUAUAACUGCAAAUGCACUGUAAAAGAUAAUGUGAAUAGAGUAGAUACUAUUAAAACAAUCUUAAAUAAGGUGCGAAAGGGUGGAAAAUAGUGGGGAGGGGUCGUACCGGGUUGCUUUGGGUGGUCCAGGUGAGAUGGUGAGAACUGAUCAGAGUUUUACUACCUUCCAUUGCCCUCAGAGCAGAAUCCUCGACUCUGCGUCACGUUCGACUCUGACAGUUGUAAUUUCAGUCGAUUCAGAAUGACCCGCAGCACCGGAUCAAUAUCAGCACUUCAGAUUCUCAGAUCGUUUUCAGAUAAUUCCUCAAAUGGGUUGGCCGACGUUCCCACAUACAUUUUCCAGUUGCUCCUCGAAUGAGUUCACCUCUCUGAACUCCAGAGGAACUGCAGAGAAGAGUUGCCUUCGGCCGCUUCAGUCCGUACAGUCGUCGCGUCGCGUUCAGGACUGGCGGCUGGGGAGGGAAUGUGGGGCGUCCUGUAAAACACUGAGGUUUGCCUUAAAGCAACUGCUGCUGCUCUUCAUGCUGACGAAUAAAGCCCUCCGAUAAUCCUGCAGCUGGAGUAGAUUCCACACUUUUCAUGGAUUUUGAUUAAAGACUAAGGAUCCUGCAGUAUCUGACCUCUGAGGGCCUUUUCCCACAUUCAGACGAGCUCCUCCAUCACUACUGGAAUUCCUCGUCAAAUGAUUCUGUCAGAAAUUUAAAGACAAAAUUUGAUUCUGCCCUCAGAAAAUCUGUUGGCUUGAAAAUUCUUGUUCCAAUUUUCCCACCUUGCUUGAGCAGAGGAACAAGUGUGUUUCUGGAUGGAUGGCAGACAUGCAGCUCUGACUGUUGAGGAGAAAAUGCAGUUUCCGUGCUGUGCGUCUUAAUGAAAUGAGGUUCGGGCAGAAGCUGCUACUUUCACUGCAACAGGUUUAGGUUAUUUCUGUUUAAGUUUGAGAGGUAACGCUGCAGAGCCAGACGCGUGAGUGCCAUAUGCUGUGGAGGAUAUUGAAACGGACCUUUGAGUUUCCAGAGAAGCGUGAAGAGACCCGGGCUGACGAUUGUGUGAGUUGCCUUGAAAUGCUGCUUAAAUACUUGGUCAGUUCCACUGAACAAAAAUUUUUGAAAUGUUUUAGGAGGAUUAUUAUAGGGGGGAAUCUGGGAGUCAUGAAAAGAGGCGUCUAUCAAGAAGACAGCACUAUUUAUGUCCCUGUUUUGUUUCCGUCUCUCUCCACCCCCGAUGAAUAGAUGUUUUAUCAUUUUCUAAGAGCAAUAUUUAAAAACUUAAGUGUAAAAAGUGUACAUAAAAAGCUAUGUUUCAAAUAUUUCUCUGGGCAUAUGGACGUGUCUGUGAUUGUCUCUUGGGUUUUUUUUUUUUUUUUAUGUCGACACUCAUGAUGAAUUUGGUUCUAUGUGGUAACACACAGCAUUUUCCUCAUCUAGUGUUUUACAUACGGGAUACUGGUGCAAAAAAA